CUGAGCUAGCAGCUGCGGUUGGAGCAUGGCCUCGGAGCAGGAUGUGCGAGCACAGCUGCAGCGCGCUGGCCAGGAUCAUCUCCUUCGCUUCUGGGCUGAUUUGGCUCCGGAGUCUCGAGCGGCGCUACUGGCGGAGCUCGCCUCACUGGAACCCGAUGCCCUGCGUGAGCACUGUCAGCGCGCCUCGGCUGCCUGCGCUCAAGUCCCGGGCCCUCUGCCCGACCUGGAGGCGCGCCUGCAGCCCCUGCCCCCGGAACUCGUGGGCAGCGCGAUCCGCUGCGACGUAGAGACACGCCUGCGGUGGGAAGAGGAAGGUUUCCGACAGAUUGCUCUGAACAAGGUGGCUGUCCUGCUGCUGGCCGGUGGGCAGGGCACUCGCUUGGGCGUCACCUACCCCAAGGGCAUGUAUCAAGUAGGGUUGCCCAGCCAGAAGACCCUGUACCAACUGCAGGCAGAGCGGAUCCGCCGCGUUGAACAGUUGGCUGGCCAGCGACUGGGAACCCACUGCACCGUGCCCUGGUACAUCAUGACCAGUGAGUUCACACUGGGACCCACCAUCAAGUUCUUCAAGGAGCAUGACUUCUUCCACCUAGACCCCGCUAACGUGGUCCUGUUCGAGCAGCGUAUGCUACCCGCUGUGACCUUUGAGGGCAAGGCCAUACUGGAACGGAAAGACAAAGUUGCUAUGGCGCCAGAUGGCAACGGUGGCUUGUAUAAUGCACUGGCUGACCACCAGAUCCUAGAGGACAUGAAGCAGCGGGGCGUGGAGUUUGUGCACGUGUAUUGUGUGGACAACAUCCUGGUGCGGCUGGCUGACCCAGCCUUCAUAGGCUUCUGUGUGCUUCGCGGAGCGGACUGUGGCGCCAAGGUGGUGGAGAAAGCAUACCCUGAGGAGCCUGUGGGUGUGGUGUGCCAGGUGGAUGGUGUCCCCCAGGUGGUGGAAUACAGCGAGAUUAGCCCUGAGACUGCUGGGCUGCGAGGGGCUGACGGGAGCUUGCUCUACAAUGCAGGCAACAUCUGCAACCAUUUCUUCACCCGUGACUUCCUGGAUAUGGUCACCAGGGAGUUUGAGCCCUUGCUGAAGCUGCAUGUGGCUGUGAAGAAGGUCCCGUACGUGGAUGAGGAGGGAAAUCUGGUAAAGCCGCUAAGACCGAAUGGGAUAAAGAUGGAGAAGUUUGUGUUUGAUGUGUUCCAGUUUGCUAAGAACUUCGCUGCCUUUGAAGUAUCUCGAGAGCAGGAAUUCUCCCCACUGAAGAACGCAGACACAGCAAGCAGGGACAACCCGUCCACCUCCAGGAGAGCCUUGUUGACUCAGCACUACCGCUGGGCUCUGAAGGCCGGAGCCCACUUCCUGGAUGUGCCUGGAGUCCAACCUCCUGAGCAGACUGGCUUGCUCCCAAAUGGAGACCCUCCAGCCAUCUGUGAGAUUUCACCCUUGGUGUCGUACUCUGGAGAGGGGCUGGAGAAGUACCUGCAAGGCCGAAAACUCCAGUCUCCAUUUCUUCUGGAUGAGGACCGGGCCAGGCUGCUGCAGCCACAGGAGUGCUAACCUGCUUGCUCCCAGCGUCUCCAGCCCUGGGGGUCCUCUAGGGUGCCGAUACCGCUCUGGCAGAGGCUCUCAGUAGAAAUACUGGCCUGCAGGAUACGGAAGGGCGCCUGCUAGUUUACAUCACAAGGUUGGGACCUCUUGGGUCCCCCAUGGACUGUGGUUGUCUGUGUGUGUGGUUUUUGCCUCAUCGCUGGCUCUGGGGCUCAGCAGGUUGGGGACCUUGGGAAAUGGGGCCUGAGGCAGGGUGUAAGGAGGUGUUAUCUGAGACGGCAACACAGGAGAUGCCCAGUAACAUCCGCCCUGCCAGCACCCAGGCCAGCCACAUCCUUAGCGAACAUUCAGAUAUGCCUCAUGGGGGAAUGGCUAAAGGAGCGCCCCCAGCAGCAGAACCAGUAGCUAGCUGAACAUGUCACCCAUGUGCCUAGACAUACCUACAGAAGAGGUCUGGUGCCUUGAGAACUCUGGUCUGCACACCUGAGAUGAAAGCAGUUCUCCCUGCCUUCUGUAGAUCUCUUCCCCAGCCCGAAUCUCCCAGGCAACACCCACAAGGGGGCCUGGCUAUCGCGCUGUUAAGUAGUUUCCCCCCAAGAACCAGGGGCCACACUGUUGCCUUUUGGGAUGGCUGCUGGUUCUGACUGCAUCAGGAGCACACAUCAUCCUGGUUAGUUUCUUCUCCCGAGCUUAAGCUGCCAGUUAGAGACGUAGCCUAAGUGGUGUGUGGCUCUGCCACCCAGCCUUGUUCUGCCUCUGACACUAACUCCAUUGACUGAAGGCAGGAAAAUGGUGACUCCCAUCCUUCCCUGUAACUUCACAGUGGUUAGAACAGGCUGACACCUCGCUCCAGGUGUAUGCGCUCCUGUUCAUUCCUGUCUGCUUUCCCAAAGGAGGUUGCAGGGCGAGUAGAUUUACCCUGGGGUGUGGAAGGAGUGGGUUCAGACACGGGAAAGAUGGCAGGAUCGGGCCCACAGCUGCCACUGUUGGGAGUGAGGUGUAAAAGACACACUGGGCUUUUGUUGAGCUCUGUGGUCAUCUUGCUGUCAGCCUCAGAGGCAAACAGUGUAUUUGGUGUCCUUCCCUUACUGCUCCACAGGCCUGGAGCAGGAGAUGGUCCCUGGGGAGAUCAAAGUCUCCCCUGGUGCAGGAGACGGUCCCUGGGGAGAUCAGAGUCUCAGGCUCUUCUUGAAUAAACAAUCAA